AUGGAUAAGCAGCUGUCUUGCCUGGCCGCUUCCUUUGACUUCCGUGAUAUCCAGGAGGGGAAUUCGGGGCAAUGUAACCGCAAUGUUGGAAACAGGCCAGGGCUUAGAGGAGAGAAAUCGCGCAAGGGCUGGUCUCUCACCCCAUACCCUCGUGGCGCGCAUGAUGUCAGCAGCAUCCUGUUCUCGCUGCAUCCCGCACGCCGCUGUUGCCAUGGCAACCUCUCCCCCGACGGCAGAGCCUUCCUCACAGCCCCGAAAGCCCAUUCUGUCCUGAAGCGCUUUCCACGGGCCAAUGGCUUUCUGGAAGAAUUUCGCCAGGGCACCAUUGAGCGCGAGUGCGUGGAGGAGGUCUGCAGCUAUGAGGAAGUCAAGGAGGUCUUUGAGAACAAGGAGAAGACGAUGGAGUUCUGGAAGGGCUAUGCCUACUCUGUCAAAGAUGCCUCUGACGGGACAGACCGCUCCGAUGCCAUGCUGGAGUCAGGCCUUCUGCACCCAUGUCCCAGCUGCCCAGCUUUCUUUGAGGAGGGCAGGAUCUAUUCCUCCAGGAACAUCCUCCGAGGGCUGCACUUCCUGGGGCUCCAGCUGUUCCAGCUGCUGUGGGGGCCCAGACGGGUCCAAAUCAGUGCCUGGGGGUGAACUUGGUCUCAGAUGGAUCCCUGGAGGAGUCUGGCAUCCUGGAGAUUAGGGCGAUGAUGGAGCAG